AUGGUCAUCUCAAGUGAUGAAGAUGAAGACUAUAUUUUAGAGGAGUUAGCGGACAAGUGUAUAUCUGAUGAUGACAAGGGUGAAGAGGAGUUGAGAAAGUACUCCGAGUUUGAUGAGAGGGCCACGUUUGGGGAGGUUCAAUUAGAGUUACACAUGUUAUUCCCAAAUUUAACUAUGUUCAAGAAAGCUGUGAUACAUUAUAAUAUAGCAAUAGGAAGGGUGUUCAAGUUUGUGAAGAAUGACAACGAAAAGGUUAGGGUAAAGUGCAUAUCAGAAGGGUGUAAAUGGGAAAUCUUCUGUUCUUGGAGUAAUGAGCUUGUUGAUGAAUUAAGAUCAUACCCAACGAUGUCAGCACAUGAUGCUUUUGAGUGGCUUAAAAGGCAUAGAGGUAUUCAUGUAGAUGAUCAUCAAAUAUACAGAGCAAUGAGGUUGGCCAGAAAAAUUGUAAAGGGAUAUGAGAAGUUGCAAUAUCAAAAAUUAUGGGACUAUUGUGAGGAACAUGGGAGGAGAAAUCCUAACUGUACAUUUGGUUUGAAAGUGCAUAGACCUACUGUAGGGCUGCCACCAACAUUUGAUAGGCUAUACAUUUGCUUUAAUGCAAAUAUUCAGGGGUUUAAAGUAGGGUGCAUGCCCCUCAUUGGGCUCGAUGGGUGUUUUUUAAAAGGAUACUUUGGAGGACAGUUACUAUCUGCUAUUGCUCAAGAUGACAAUCAACAUUUCUAUGUGAUUGCAGUAGCUAUUGUUGAGCAAGAAAGUAGGGAUACAUGGAGUUGGUUUUUGAUAGAUUUACUUGGGGAUAUUGGACAGUACAAUGACAAUGGUUGA